AAAAACCAGAAAUGAAAACCAAACCAGAGCAGCAGAAACAAGCAACUGAUCAAAUACACAUAGAUUGAUGCGUCUCUCUGAUUCUCAGCAGACCCAGAAGCCAAUUUUUGCAGCAAAGUCCGCAGUGAUACCACAAAACCCAGACAAAGUGAAAAAGAAAGCAACUUUGUAUGUAUUUGCAUCAGAAAAAGCAAUAAUAAUUCAUAUACUCAGAUCGGAGAAGAAGAUCGGAAGGCUAAAAAAGAUUGGAUUUUGAUUCCAAUAUUUGAAACCCAGUUUGUCUAACACGUCGUCGCCACCACCCACUUUGAUUAAUUCCAAAGCUAAAUCAUUCACCAUCACCAAACACAUUUUACUUCACUAGGCCUGCACCUCCUCAACUCUCUCCAAUCCUCCAAAGCACCAAUUUCUUCUCUCUCAAUCAUUGCUCUCUAAAAAGCCCCAGAAAAACCCAUUACUGGGUUUUGAGUUUACUCCGACCUCCAAUGGCGGCCGAGAACGCACUGAUCAGACAGGGCUUCAUUCCCCCUUUGAUUCUCGCCAUCAAGAUCCACCAUUUCUGAGACGCACCUAGAGAAAGUCUCGACCCACCAACAAGCCCACACCGCCGGGACCCAGAAUGAGCAAAAUCAAAGAGAUGGAGGAACCCAGAACUCAAUUAAGCAGAAUCACUUGAUUGGGAUUGACCCCAAUUCUUGAUUUUGCCCGAAGCCACCACCACCACCAAACCCAAAGCCACCGCCACACGCCCCAAUCCUCCAGAGUCUGCCAAGUCCGGUUCGAGUUUGCCUCAGAUUGUGUUAUGAAUUAGUAUUGAGACUAGGAAUUAUCUGUUGUUGAGUUAAACGCACCGUUCUAUUUGUUAGGAUGAUUUCACUUUUAUGUGCACAAGACUUGCACGUGUUUUGUUCUAGUUAGCUAGGGUUGAGUUAACUAGUUAGAUGGUUGCCAGAUGUCAAGAUCGUAUCUCUCUUUGAUUGGGUAUAUUAGGAACCUUGUAAUCCCCGCAGCCACAUGAAUGAAAUCUUGCUUUAAUUUAUUUUUUCUUCAUUUCCAUUUUCUUGCUUUCUCUUUACUCUCUGGGGGUUCAGUACCAUAUCAACUGGUAUCAGAGCCCUUGAUUUUGGGACAAUGGUUAAACUGAAAGGGGCUGGAGGUGGUGGAUCUGUACCACAAGCUUCUGGGGAACUCUCCCAUGUUGAAUUUGAUCUUCAGGUGCAUAAGGAUGAAACAGCUGCAAGGUUUAGUGAGCUGCAAAUGACUCUCAACGUGUACCAGGAGUCGUUGAACUCUUUCAGGACGGAGUUGAUGAAGGAACUCCAAACAGUGAAGGAUAACUCAGCUGUUGCAGCAGCUCAGAUCAAUUCUUCCUUGCUCAAGUUUGGGUCCUUGCCUCCUACUUCUGGAUCCCCGAUUUUAGUUGCCAGAGAAGACUCAUCUUCGUCUACAAGAGCCCUUACCACUGCAAAUGGUAGCAUAUCUAAACCAGCUUCUGCUUCUCCUUUAAACUUAGUUGGAAACAACGUUGCCUUAGACACUACUUGUGGUACCACCACUGCUAUGGUGGAUCUAUCAUCUGAGGUUAACACAACUAGGGUCCUAGUCACUAAUGCCUCUGGAGCUAUAAUUUUGCAAGCUAUUAGUACUGGUUCAGCUGAGGAAAGAGAUCUUAGCCGACAGAAACAACAGUGCAGUGAGGCACAAAACCAAACCCAUUACUACCAACAUACCAUUUUAGGACCCCAACCUCUUGACCAAUUUUUAGGACCUUAUUCUGCUUCCAGCAGUAACCAUGUGCAUGCUGCUCCUUAUUUCGGGAAUCAAAACCUUUCCAUGAGCUCUGCAGACCCCUUCACCAUGUCGUAUUCUGGUCCAUACUCCCACACCCUCUUGAACUUUGCACAAGCAACCCCUCCACCCUUACAAAAAUUUUCGGCACAACCUAUGGGAACUGCUCGUCCCAUAUUUGCUACCACCAUUACCCAAACACCCCAAUUUAAUGUUAUUGGUAAUGUACAAAACCACUCAGGCCCCCCAUAUUCCCAGCAACAGUAUACACUCUUUCCUCCACCACAAUACUUUCAACAAUCCCCUGUGACUACUUGGGACCCCAACCUACCAACCAUGAAACAAAUGAAGCUUGAGUUUAGUGUUUUUAGUGGAGGAGAUCCUGUGGAGUGGUUAAACAAGACUGAACAGUUCUUUGAGUUUUAUCAUAUUCCUGAAGAAAGAAAGUUAGCCAUUGCCACUAUGCAUCUUACAGAGAAAGCUUCUGACAGAUGGUUCAUGUUCAAACAUGAAUUCCCCAAUUCUUGGCCAGGCUAGCUGAUCUAUUAAUGAGAGAAUUCAGUGGCUACAAUGUCCUUGACUACCAAGCUGCCUUAGCCAGGAUGUCUCAAACUGGUUCUGUUGAACAAUAUAAAGACUAGUUCACCAAACUUUCAAGGAGGGCCCCUGGCUUCCCACAGCAGGUGUUGUUGUCCUGCUUCCUUGGGGGAUUGAAAGAUAGUAUUCAGCUGAUGUUAAGGCUCAGAAGCUGAGGACCCUAUAUGAGGCAUGUGAACUUGCAAAGAUUUAUGAGGAGAGAGAGCUACAACAUAGAAGCUAUGCAAGGAACACAUUUGGUAACAGACAGAACACUGGCCUAGCUCCUAAGCAGCUUACUGCUCCAAUCAACCAUCAAGCUCCCUUUAGGGCUCCACAGCAAGCUGCCCCAGCUAGGCCACCACUCAAUCAGCAACCAGCGGUUGGAAACAACAUGGGGAAUAGAAGAUUAACCCAAGCUGAAUACCAAGAAAGGAGAGCCAGAAAUCAAUGUUUUUUUUUUGUGAUGAGAUCUUCAGACCUGGCCAUAAUUGCAUAAGAGGGCAGGCAAUGAUGAUCAUGGAGGUGGUGCAGGAAGAGAUGGACAUACCAGACCCCAUUCCCCAGGAAGAAGAAGAAGGCAUAGCUCAGGGUGAUGAGGAGAAUGAGGUCCAAAACAUCCACCUCAAUGCUGUGGGAGAUGGCUGUAGCAACUCCACUAUGUAGCUCAAAGGAUCAUGCAGCAAGAAGAAGAACUUACAUGUUUUGAUAGACUCAGGUGCAUCACAUAAUUUUGUCCAUCCUAUAGUAUUAAAAAAUACGAAAGCUUUUGUACAGGUUAUUAAACCAUUACAGGUGAGACUAGCUAGUGGGGAAAUUAUGCAGACCACCAAGAGGGCACAACUUCAGCUCAAUCUGCAAGGCUUUACUUGCAUAGCAUACUACUAUGUACUACCAGUUUCAGGCUGUGAGCUCAUUUUGGGAGCUAGUUGGCUGAAGACACUUGGUGACAUCAUUUGGAACUUUGAGUUCAUGACCAUGAAAUUCAGUAUUGAUGACCAUUCUUAUUCCCUACAAGGUGAGACUGAAACUCAAGCUACUUUGGUUGGGUGUAAGGCAAUGACAAGACUACUAAGGAAAGAAAGGGAAGCAUUAUUGGUGCAACUAUAUAGUAGCAGUACUUCUAAACCUGAAAUGGCAACUCCUCCAAAAAUCCAAGCAUUGGUAUCUAAGUACUCUGGGAUCUUUGAAGCUCCGACACAACUCCCACCUAUUAGGAAGCAUGACCACAAGAUAGAGUUGGUGCCCAAUACUGCCCCAAUUAAUGUGAGGCCUUAUAGGUACCCCCAUUUCCAGAAGGGUGAAAUUGAGAAGAUCAUUCAAGAGUUACUAGACAAUGGGGUGAUCAGACCUAGUGUGAUCCCAUUUUCAUCCCCUGUGCUGUUAGUAAAAAAAAAAUGGGACUUGGAGGCUUUGUGUGGAUUAUAGAGCCUUAAAUACAGCCAGUGUGAAGGAUAAGUACCCCAUCCCUGUUGUGGAUGAACUUUUAGAUGAGGUCAACGGAGCAGUGAUCUUCACCAAGUUAGACCUCAGAUCGGGUUACCACCAAAUAAGAAUGAGUGAGGAAGACAUUAGGAAAACAGCCUUCAGGACACACUCAGGCCGCUAUGAGUUCCUUGUGAUGCCUUUUGGCCUCACUAAUGCACCCUCCACAUUCCAGUCAGUGAUGAAUGACAUACUGAGGGAUUUCUUGAGAAAAUUUGCAUUAGUCUUUUGAUGAUAUCUUGAUCUACAGCUCAUCCAUGUCUGAACAUUUGCAUCACUUGGAAAAGGUGUUCCAAAGGCUGCAACAGCAUUCUCUGAAAAUCAAAGAGAGCAAGUGUAAGUUUGGGGUACCUCAAGUUGAAUACCUGGGUCACAUCAUAAGUGCAGAAGGAGUGGCAGUUGACCCCACCAAGAUUGAGAGUAUCAGCAAAUGGCCAAAACCUGGAACACUUAAGGAGCUUAGAGGAUUUCUCGGGUUAGCAAGGUAUUACAAGAAAUAUGUCAGAGGUUUUGGAAUCAGUGCCAAACCUUUAACUGACAUGUUAAAAAAAGAUGCUUUCCAAUGGAAUGCUCAAGCUAUAGCUGCUUUUGAGGAGCUAAAGAAGGCCCUAACCACUACACCUGUCUUAGCUGUUCCUGAUUUUUCAAAGGAGUUUAUGAUAGAGUGUGAUGCAUCUGAUUUGGGCAUUGGGGCAGUGCUAUCACAGGAGGGACACCCUAUUGCAGUCAUGAGCAAGGCUUUGGCACAGCCAUGUCAGUUUAUGAUAAAGAGAUGUUGGCUGUGGUGGCUGCAGUCCAACAUUGGAGGCCAUAUCUUCUAGGCCACCAUUUUAAAAUUUUUACAGAUCAUAGGACUAUUGAAUACUUUUUGACACAAAAAGUGACUACCCCUGCUCAGCAAAAGUGGUUACUGAAGUUGUUGGGGUAUGAUUACACAAUACAUUACAAAGCAGGCCUGCAUGAUAGAUGCCGAGGCACAAAGCAUCAUGCAAACCCUACAGCAGGGCUCAGAUGGUAAGAAACACUUCUCUAUCAACAAUUCCCAGUUAUUUUACAAAAACAAAAUUUUUGUUCCUCAGGUUGAUGGCUGGAGAAAAAAGAUCAUUGCUGAGUUCCAUGAAGGAUUAACUGGGGGCCAUGCUGGCAGAUCUAGAACCUACAAGAGAGUCCAUAGAAAUUUUGCCAGAGGAUAUCAAAGCAUUUGUGGCUGAAUGUGAAGUUUGCCAGAGAAAUCAUUAUGAAACUAUCAGACCCCCAGGCUUGUUACAACCUUUGGCAAUUCCUGAUAAGGCUUGGAGUAACAUCUCCAUGGAUUUCAUCGAUGCACUACCCAAGUCUGAAGGUAAAACAACAAUAUGGGUGAUUGUGGAUAAGCUAACUAAAUAUGCUCAUUUCAUUCCUUUGUCCCAUCCCUACAUUGCCUCUACUCUAGCCCAAGUGUUUGUGCACAAUUUUUUUAAGCUUCAUGGAAUGCCAGACAACAUCAUCUCUGAUAGGGAUCCUGUGUUUUUAAGUCUGUUUUGGGAAGUUUUUUUUCAAGUUACAAGGGACCAAACUCAGCAGGUCUUCUGCUUAUCACCCUCAGUUUGAUGGCCAAACUGAGAACCUGAACAGAACUCUGGAACAGUACCUGAGAUGUGUGGUGGGGAAAAGCCACAAACCUGGGUACAAGCACUACCAUGGGCUGAAUGGUGGUAUAACACAGCCUCCCACUCUGCCAUUUUGAUGUCCCCCUUUGAAGCUCUUUAUGGAUAUGCUCCUCCUCCUACUUUGCCAUACUUACCAGGCUCCACCACUCUUGCUCAAGUUGAUCAACAGUUAAAAAGUAGGGAUGAGCUACUGUCUUCACUUAAAAGGAAUUUGGUGAGGGCUCAAGCUAGAAUGAAAGGGUUUCAUGAUCGAAAGCAUUCUGAAAGAACUUUUGCAGUGGGAGACAUGGUAUACCUCAAGCUGCAACCAUACAAGCAACAAACUCUGCAUCAAGGUGCUUUUCACAAACUAUCUGCCAAGUAUUAUGGUCCCUUUGCUGUGACAGAAAGAAUAGGCUCAGUAGCCUAUAGACUUAAACUUCCUGCCAAUGCAAAAAUCCACAAUGUCUUCCAUGUGUCCCUACUUAAGAAGAAAAUUGGAGACAAUGCUUCUGUGGCAUCCCAACUUCCACCUAUCAUGGAUCCAGCCAAUCCCAAGUGGACACCCUCUGCUGUACUUCAGAGAAGAAUGGUAAAAAGACAUGGUGCUGCUACAACCCAAUGGCUUGUGCAAUGGUUUGGCACUACCCCAGAAGAAGCAAUAUGGGAAUUUGCUGAUGAAAUCCUUCUCCGGUUUCCGAAUUUUGAUUCUGAAACUUGAGGACAAGUUUCAAGUGCAGCAGGGUGCAAUGUUAUGAAUCCAAUAUGGACUACUCUAUUGUGACUAGGAAUUAUCUGUUGUUGAGUUAAACGCACCGUUCUAUUUGUUAGGAUGAUUUCACUUUUAUGUGCACAAGACUUGCACGUGUUUUGUUCUAGUUAGCUAGGGUUGAGUUAACUAGUUAGAUGGUUGCCAGAUGUCAAGAUCGUAUCUCUCUUUGAUUGGGUAUAUUAGGAACCUUGUAAUCCCCGCAGCCACAUGAAUGAAAUCUUGCUUUAAUUUAUUUUUUCUUCA